GUAUGCGGAAGUAACUUCUGUUUUCUGUCGGCUGAGCACGGAAGAUAUUUAUUGCAAUUAGAUUAUUUUUAUAUUAUCAGUUGAAGGAAUAAAAAUGCCGUUUACUUAACCUUUUUUUUAAUAAGUUUAAAAUUUUGAAGAGAUUAGUUGUAUUGAUUUUUUUUUAAGCUAGCUCUCUACCGUGUCUAGGAGGAUGGAGCGAUCAUCGGAUGUGGCAGUAAUUGAGAACAUUGGGAAAUUGCCAUCAGAUGUGUUUGAAGGAACAUGUCAUGAGAUUCUGCUUCAUCUUGAAGGAAAGCAUAGAGCAGUAGACGUGGCUGAAAACUACCAGAAAUUUCAACGAGCUGGGAUAAACCUGGACUGGAAAGCUGUUCAGGAUAUUAUUAGGCUGUUGUCAUUUAAUUUUAGAUCAGCUGCAAAGACUAAUCUCACUGCAGAUGGCCUGGUCACUAAAUUAGGAGAGUGUAGUUCUAAAUGGUCCAAAUCGGCUUUACAAGUCAUGCACCAGCUGUGGACUGAACAUGGCUCUCUUGUACAAGCACAUCAGGAGGUGCAUACUGUGGCCAGCAUCGGACAGCUGGUGGAUAUCCAGUGGAAGCUGGGCAUGGCUGUGAGCUCUGACACAUGUCGCUCGCUCAACUCCCCGUACAUCUCUGUCCUGAUGAAAGUUGCAGACACAUCUGGAGAAAUUUCUUACAAGUCUUUUGAAAUGACAGUUCUUCAGUUCCAGAACUUCUACAGACAGUUCAAAGAAAUUGCCUCUGUUCUGGAAACUGUGUAGGAGUUCAGCGCCAAUGGUUCAGCGCCAAACCAUUUCUAUUCCAGUCUGUAGCCUUUCAGUAUUUACUGAUUGUUUACAUUUAAGCUCUUUUGAAAUGUAUGUUUGAUAUGUGACUAACCCAUACUUAAGUAUUUGCCAUAAAACUUAUUUCAUGUUAAAUGUGAUUUUCAAAAUGAUUUGUUAUAAACACUGAAUAAUCUGUAAAUCUAACUUGACCUUAAAAAUUAAAAUGUAUAGAUGAACGCAUGUAAAUGUCCAGUUUAAAAAGAAAAUGGUUAAUAAAGGCAAAUGAUUUGAUGUAGUAAUUACUAAUUUAUACUGUUAUUAUUAAAACACUAUUACUGGUGUUAGUUAAUAGCAUGCAUCAUAUUGUCUUAUUUAUCUUGUUUUUAAGCUCAUUAAAGUAAGAUUUACAAAUAAA